CUUCACACUCCCGAACACACACACACACAGACGCAGUGAUUGCGAGAGAGUGAAGUAUAGCCAAGCUUGCCUUUGUGUUCAUCUUCUUCGCCGCCGUCGCCGCCGCCGCCGCCGUCUCGUGCUCUUCUCUUUGCACGCCGCGCUCCCUGACCUCGCCCUCUGCUCGCCGGGCAUUCCCGCGCGCGCAUCUCUCUCUGCGCUCGAGCUCCGUCGUUCUCUCGGGAGGGGGCCGGAAAUGGUGCCGAUCGAGGACGUGUGCGGCUUCCAAGCCUUCGGCUUCGUGUAGAGCCCUUCGACCCGAGCGCCUCUCUCCCUCGAGUUGUCGGCGCUCUCUCUCUCUGUCUGUCUCUCUCUCUCUCUCGCUCGCCAGUUUCUUUCUCCCCCUCCGAGAGCUUCGCCGGCGCGGCUUAUGGCUUUCCGGGGACCGACCGCCGUGAACCUGGAUCCCGAGCGGAAGAGUAGCGGCGGAUUGAGGACGAAGCAGGCCGGAAGAGGAUCGUGUCGCGGGAGUUAGGCCCUGCAGCGAGCUGCGUGUCCCCCCCUUCGCGGAAAUGCGCAGUGGCCAGCGCGGAUAGUUCGUUCGUGUUUUUUCCCCCUUCCUCUUUUGCCCUAAUUGCCGGUGCAUGGUUUGUGGAUUUGUCGAGUUUGUGUUAUUGCGAGUUUCUCCAGUUUGGGAGGUUUUUCGUGUUUUUGGGGGGGCUCGAGGCCAUGGGCUACCUGCUGAAAGAGGCUCUGAAGACCCUGUGCGGUGUGAAUCAGUGGUCGUACGCCGUGUUUUGGAAGAUCGGCCGCCAAAAUCCCAAUUCAUUUCUUCUUUGCGGCCCUGGCCAAACUAGUCUCUCCGCCCUCUGCUCGGCAACGCAGUUCCCCUGCUCGCAUUCGGUUAGAGAUGAAUUAACUCAAAGAAGCGAGAACGGCGUUGAAAAGCAUUAGAAAAAUGGCAGCUUGUGAUGUUUGGCAAGAACUACUUUUGGUUAUUCGAGUCUCUAAAUGUUUCUCACUGGAUGACUCUUGUACUGUCCCUUCCCUCUGCCCAGAUACAUAUCUUGCCAAUCCAUGUCGGAUUUUCAAUGUUAGCUCAAACUUAUCUACCUUCUUACGACUUGCUGUACCUGGAGAGCAACCUUAACGUGAUAUUUGGCUUCUUCCUUCGUCUCUGCUGCUGCUAAGAGAAAUGAAGCGAAGUUCGAGUCGAUUGUCCUUUCCUUUUCCAAUCCUUGUUGACAUAUGAACGGUCUAUAAUCCCUUCAGCCGAACCUUCCCCACGCUGCUCUCCACUUUGCACAGAACUCGAUGUUUGCCUCUUUUAGCAAAAGGCGGUGGUCUCUAGUUGUAGCCUUAAGUUUUGGAGCUCUUUGUUGUCAUCCAUGAUGAAAUACAUAAUGUUGCCAUGGCAGGCUGUUGAUUUGGGAAGAAUGUUACUACGAGCCCAUGACAUUUUCUCUUCCUCCCCAAGUUUCUGGAUCUGAUCCUUCUGAAGCGCCAACUGGAGGUUGGGAAGCUAAAGAUAGAGUUCAAAUGCUCAUCGAAAGAAUGAUGACCAAAGCUCAAAUUAGUGUUGUUGGUGAAGGAAUAAUUGGCCGGGCUGCAUUCACAGGAGAUCAUGAAUGGAUUGUUUCAAUGAGUUACAGUGGACAUGCCCAUCCACCCGAGGUUGUAAAUGAGGUCCAUCACCAAUUCUCUGCUGGCAUACAGACAGUUGCAGUUAUUCCUGUUCCUUUUCAUGGUGUUGUGCAACUUGGCUCUUCGGUAGCUAUCAUGGAGCACAUGGGGUUUGUAAAUGAUGUAAAGAGCUUGAUCCUGCAAGUGGCCUGCAUCCCUGGUGCUCUAUUUUCUACGAGUUCUGCUGGAAAAGCUGGGAUGUUAGGCUAUCCUGGAACCAUCACUUGCUUUCCUCCUGGAAAUUGUCAAGUGAUUGGCUCGGAAUCUGUGAUGACUAGCAGCUGCAAAGAUACGAGCAACUCUUCUCGCACUUCAGGGCUUGUUGGACGAUCUUCCCCACUAAUUACUAACACAGUGGAUAAUCUGAAGACUGCUGCAUCUACAUCACUUACACUUGAAAAAGCCCCAUCUCUAGCUGAAUUCUAUAGUCACCCCUCCAAACCUAGUCGUGCAUCGCUCAUGAAGACCAGCCUUUCUCCCAGUGGCGAAGUAGAUUCGAGGCUAGUCAGAGCUGAAGUUAUUCCUGCGAAUCUUGAUGUGUGGCUGAACCAGCAUGCUGUUGCAUGCAAUUUGGGGAAUGAAAAUAGAGGUCAAACUGCUCUUGGUCCAACAAAUGGUACAUGCAGCAUCUUUGAGCCUAUCAAAAAGAAGAUAUCAGCAGGUGUUGUGCCUGAGAAACCUGAUAAUAAAUGGACCAGUUUUUUAAAUAGCACUGUCACCGCUCAACCUGGAAGAAAUGGAUGUUCAAUCGUUGACCCGUGCAAAACCUCUGAUGCCACUCAGUUACUUCAAAAUGCUAAGCUGCUGCAUGAAGUAACUCAUCCUCCUAGAUCAAUAUCUGUUUCGUGCUCUCUUUCUGAAUCUGUCUCUACGAAUCUGGUUGGAAAUGCAUCAUUUCACGAUGGUGAUUUCACUAAAUUAGAGGGCAUUCCACUAUUUAAUUUGUCAGAACAAUUGCUUUCUGGAGCCUCUGAUCAGAGAAAUCAUCUAAUGAGCACGAAGCAUGCUCAGACUGAAUUGCCUUCUAAGAAACAGAGGAUGGUUGAUGAUUUUUCCCAACUAGUCAUGCCACCAAACUAUUCAAAUAUAUCUUUGAUUGAGCAGAAGCCUGAGUGGGCUCAUGCUUCCGAGAAGCUUGAGGGUGCAAGUAAAAAGGUGAUUUCCACAUGUAACACGUAUGAAAAUGCGUCUGUCCAACAAUUAGUAAGGAAUGAUCUUUUUGAUAUUUUGGGAGCAGACAUGACAAUUGAUAUUAUUGAUGGUAACUUAGAAAGUUUGCUGACUGAUGGGCCCUAUUUUGAUGCACAUAAGUCAGGUGCAGAAGCUUCAUCUGUUGUGAACAUGCCGGAAGCAGAGACAGAUUUAGGUUCACUUAGUGAAGGUGUCUCAGAAAGUGGGAUCUUCUCCAUGACAGCCGUUGAUAAUCUUUUAGAUGCUGUUGUUUCUGGGACUCGCCCUACUUCAAAGCCGAGCUCUGAUGACAAUGUUUCCUGUAAGACAUCAGCGACAAGAAUCAGUAGCUCUUCUGUUCCCAGUAGUUCUUUCUUGAAUAACAAUUUCAAUAUGCUAAAUAAAGAGCACAAGGACUCCCGUGGCAUUCAGAAGUCCCUUGUAAAAGCUGGAGUGUCUGAUUCUGGUUCUUUAAUGUCUGGCUGUAGCAAGAACGGAGCGGGGACGUGCUCCUUGAGUAACUCCUUUUAUGGAUCACAUAUUAGUUCUUGGGUUGACCAAGGUCACAGUAUAAAACACGAUAAUAAUGUUUCAACUGGGUAUUCCAAAAGGCAGGAUGGGAUGAUCAAAUCAAAUAGGAAGAGGCUAAAACCUGGCGAAAAUCCAAGACCAAGGCCAAAAGACCGGCAGAUGAUCCAAGAUCGGGUGAAAGAGCUGCGUGAAAUUGUGCCGAAUGGAGCAAAAUGUAGCAUUGAUGCGCUGUUAGAACGAACUAUCAAGCAUAUGUUGUUCUUGCAAAGUGUUUCAAAGCAUGCCGACAAGCUAAAACAGAUUGGGGGAUCCAAAAUCAUCAAUGAGGAAGGUAGAUUUCUCUUGAAAGACAAUUUUGAGCGAGGAGCGACUUGGGCGUACGAAAUUGGUUCACAGUCAAUGGUCCACCCCAUCAUAGUCGAGGACCUGAAUCCACCCCGUCAAAUGAUUGUGGAGAUGCUUUGUGAGGAGCGAGGUUUCUUUUUAGAAAUAGCUGAUAUGAUAAGAGGAUUAGGAUUGACCAUCUUGAAGGGUGUGAUGGAAACUCGCAAUGAAAGGAUCUGGACUCGUUUCGCUGUAGAGGCUGACAGGGAUGUUACGAGGGUGGAGAUAUUUAUGUCACUAGUACGCCUUCUCGAGGAAACCAUGGAGAGCAGUCCAUCGGCCGCUAAUGCCAUUGAUGGUAAAACUCCGAUGGUGUGCCAUCCCCUCACUCAAGCAACCUCUAUACCUGUGACAGGCGGUCACAAUGUUUUGCAGUGAAAGCCUUGCCUUGCUUGCAGUUUGCCUCCUCCUGGAUAUGUCGAGAGCGAGUCUCUUACUAUGGCUUGCUAUGACUGACAUCUACUCCAGUCUCGAACCAUCAAGUGUUUCCGACCUUGAUGAGCUCACGCUGCUCUCAAAUCCAUAAGUUAACACGCUGCAUCUUAGGGUUAAAAUGCAGCAUGUUAACUUUUGGACUACUGUCCGACCCAAGAAAAACUUUGCGGACGACUGAGGGUCAUCCCUUCGGAGAAUCCGUUUCGUGAUAACAGGAGCUCUGUUGGGAGCGAUGAUGAUAUGCAAAUUAGCCUAGAUAAGAGCCCCUGCGAGUUCUCGUCCUAAACCAGUUGAUUUGUGGCAGGGUUUGAGGAAUCAAAGAGUCGUGUUCUGAGAUGUAUAGAGAACGUGUACUGUGGCUGGUCAAUGUGUGUUUCUUCCUUGUCA